AUGUCGGGUCCUACUUCGCUGAAGUCACAAAAAGCACUUUUGACGCGAUAUUGCAACAAUUUAGCAUCUACUGUGGAAAAAAGCAAAGAACUUUCAAAAUUAGAGAUUCUAGCUUUGAGGGAUGCCACCAUUCGAGCACAAGUGCAAACGCAAAUAUUUGAACUCAAUGCGACCUCAAAAUUAGUUGAUGAUUCACUAGCGACGUUUACGGCCACAGUUGAUUCUUUGAUCGAUACUUUGAAUGCAGAGCAGGAAGCUCAAGCGCAAGAAUACAUAGACAAAGCACAUACGAGCCUAGACAACGCGCGAUCACUCGCAAUUGACUUAGAAGCGAAAAUGUAUAGCGCCCACGAUCAGAUGAACUUUGAAGCAGACAAAAACGUAUGGGAAGGGCAAAUAAUGGCAAAGCCAAAACUACCAGCUAUCCCUAUACCGAUUUUUUCGGGUAAAGCGUGGCAAUUUGAAAACUUCUGGACAUUAUUUGAGGCUAACGUCAAUAGUCAACCGUUAACAAAAUUGCAAAAGUUCAACUAUUUGAUAAGUGCUCUUAGGGGAGAGGCGCGAGAAACCAUACAGCGUUACCCCAUAUCAGAAGAAAAUUACGACCUCGCACUAGAUCUACUUCGAAACAAAUAUGGAGACGAGUUCAAACUUAUUUCAAGCCUACAACAUCGACUUGAAGGGGCAAGGGCGGAAAACAAUUCCAUUCCAGCGCAGCGAAAACUUUUAGAAUAUCUUAUACCCAUAAUAGCACAACUUCAGAAAAAGGGUGUUGAUUUAAAAGGUUCCUUUACAUCGCAAAAAAUUCUUUCGAAAUUCAUUCCUUCUAUCCAACGAAAAACCUUAGAACAAAAGAUGGAAGGAUGGCGUACAGAGGAAGAUUGGAGAAUCAAUGAACUUUUGGAAGAGUUAGAUAAACAAAUAACCAAAGAAGAGCGCAUAAAUGGAAUGGUAACGGAAGUUAAAAUUGGACGAAAUAAUAAAAUCCGAGAGAACCCACCAAAUCAGAAUCCCAUAGUACCAGUAUGUUUGUUUUGCAAAUCAACAUGGCAUCGCUCGAUGUUUUGUUCAAAGUACGCAACGAUCGAACAGCGCCGCAAAUUCUUUGAAGAGAAUAAGCGUUGCUACAAUUGCGCGAAAGAGGGACACUCUUCAAAACAAUGCACAGCGAUAAGCUGCAAGUUGUGUAGCGGGAAAAAACACCACCAUACACUUUGCCCAGUGAGGGCGAGGAAAGAGGUUGAAAAAGUAGAUAAGCGAACAAUUUUUUCAAGAGAAAAGCCAACAAGGACGAACUUUUCGACACAGAAUACUAGAGCAAAACCAGUGAGAGCGCAAAGACCAAAUGCUACGGUAGCCACAGCACACCCUAUAAGCACAAGUGAAUGCGAAAACACCCAAGAACUGGAUACACACAUGGAAAGCAUAGCAGAAGAAGAGCAUAAAGCGACAGUUUUCCAUAAUCAGGAAUCAGAAAUAAAUUCUGCGGAUACGGUUUUACUAUUAACGGGGUCAGCGAGAGUAAAGGAUGAAAAGCAUAACAUUUGGAAAGAAAUUGAAAUCUUGUUUGACACAGGGGCAGAUAGGUCUUUUAUUUCAUUAGCGUUAGCGAGGGACUUGGGGCUGGAAAGCCCACGUUCACAAGACUUGAUAAUGUAUACGUUCGGAAGCACAGAACCGAAAUCUACUAGAUGCGGGGUCACCACGUUGGAGUUGUGGGACCAACAAAACAAAAAACACAAAGUCCACUUAUGCGCUACGCCAAUACUUGUUACAAAAGGAAAGACUGCUCAUCUUACUGAAGCAGACAAACAGUUCAUCGCUCGCAACAAUCUCACGCUGUCAAAAACCCCAUGGAACGAGGAGAUCCAUCCGCAGAUACUUUUAGGAUGCGACCAAUUGUGGAACUUUUUGGAUGCACCUAACCCAAAAUUCUCUUUACCAUCAGGGUUACAGCUAAUCCCUUCUAAACUAGGGUACUUACUGUGUGGUAAACAACAUCCUGAAGAACUUCAGAAAAAAGAAAUAGAGACUCAGGCAGAGGCAGUAGUCAACACACUAGUGAAUUUUGACGACGAAUUGAUGCAGUGGGAUAAAUACUGGACGAUAGAUUCUUCGGGAGUAUGUGAAUUUACUGGCACUAAAAACGCCGAAAAGGAAGCAGUAAACGAAAAAGUGCAAAGGUUCUUUGAUGAAACCAUUCAAAAAAGGGCCGAUGGUUACUAUGUCAGAUUUCCGUAUAAAGAGAAUCAUCCUCCACUACCAACCAAUGAAGCAAUUGCGCGGAAAAGGUUAACAAGUGUACUAUCCUCACUGAAGCUCAAACCAAACAUACUAUCAGAGUAUGAGAAAAUCUUCCAAGAUCAACUGGAGAAAGGAAUAAUAGAAGAAAUACCUAACCUGUUACCAGCGCAGGGAUUACUUCAUUACAUUCCUCACCAACCGGUAGUGACACCAAAAAAGGAAACUACCAAAGUUCGCAUAGUUUUUGACGCCUCUUCGCAUUAUAAGCAAUGCCCAUCACUCAAUGAUAUACUCCACCAGGGCCCCCUUAUACUGCCGGACAUCAUUUCGCUAUUGCUACGAUUCAGAAUCCCGGCUUAUGCGAUUACUGCGGAUGUAGAAAAAGCUUUUCUCCAAGUACAUCUGCAUGAAGAGGACAGAGACGUCACUCGGUUCUUUUGGGUACAUGACGUUACACUUCCUGCGGAAGGUGAUAAUAUCAAAACGAUGCGCUUCACAAGGGUUACCUUUGGACUUAAUGUAUCACCAUUUCUAUUGGGGAGAACUAUACAGUUCCACUUGGAACAUUUUGAGCAAGACCAUGAACUCGCGCAGGAAAUUCGUGAAAAUCUCUACGUUGACAAUCUCAUACUUUCUGCUCAAACAGUAGAAGACGCAAAAAUAAAAGCAUUACGAGCUCGCAACAUUUUUGAAGAGAUGAGAAUGAAUCUGAGAGAAUUCGCGUCAAAUGCCACG